CAAAAGGAGAGAGGUGAGAGAAAGUGGAGAUAGGGAGGAAAAAGAGUGGAUUGCAGAGAAUUGAUGAGCAUCUGAAAAAAGAAGUUUUUUUCACAAGGGAUUCAGAGUGAUUCUUGAUACCUGUAUUGAUGAAUCAUAGCACAUUUUGACCUCUCUUCAAAAUUCCUCUAUAUUUAUGUGUGUUGGUGCUACUCACAGUUUUGCAUCUUCAUCAACCGCAUCCCUUUUGUUAAUUGGGAGAGAGAGAGUUGGCAUUCCGAGGUUUGAAGGUUUUGGGUACAAUCAAGAAGCCAUGAUGAUACAUGGUGAAACCAUAAGCAAUUCUGAAGGCGAGAUUAAGGUCAGUUUUGGUUAUCAUUGCAACGGUAAGAAUGAUAGUUCUUGGGAUAGGCCUAAUUAUAUUGAUAUCCCGUCUUCUGGUGGACUCCGAAGAGCCAGUAGCUCUUUCUCUUGCCUCUCUGGUGCUGCAUUGAGUGCUAAUGCUACGUUAGCUAACACAAAUAUUUGCAAUGGGUUGAUUGCGUCUGAGAUACUCCCGACUCUGGACUCUCCUAAUUCAUUCCGGAGGAUUCCAUCUCUAACGAAAAUGGACCUGCUGUCGUCUUCUUUCCAGAGCAACAUGACGAUCUUGAGCCUCAGCCCGUCCUCACCAAGUGAGACACUUGAUUAUGAUUCCUUUUCGCUGAAGUCCAUGAGCGCUCCUUCGAGAAGCGAAAGCUUUCUCAAUGCAAUGGAGCUGCAAAUUGCCGGAGGGGCAGCUGGCGAAGACAGAGUUCAAGCUGUUUGCUCUGAAGAGAACGGUUGGCUUUUCUGUGGCAUUUACGACGGCUUUAAUGGAAGGGACGCAGCUGAUUUUCUGGCUGGAACAUUGUAUGAGACAAUCACCUCUCACCUCAACUUGCUAGACUGGGAUAUGGAUCAGGAUUUGUCAAAAGGCACUGACUGUUUGUACACGCAAAAUGGGAACAGAUUUUUCCAGCAGAGCGUGCUUAGCAGCCUUCAACACGCGCUCAAUCAAGUGGAAAGUGAGUUUCUUCACAUGGUCGAACAGGAAAUGGAUGACCGUCCUGAUCUAGUAUCUAUCGGAUCUUGCGUGUUGCUCACUCUACUCCAUGGAAAAAACUUGUACUUGCUCAAUCUUGGUGAUAGUCGAGCAGUCUUGGCUACCUAUGAUAAUGGGAAUGGCACAAGAGGCAGCAAGAGGCUGCGAGCCGUCCAGCUUACUGAUAGUCAUACUGUCGACAACGAAGACGAGAGAAUCAGAGUUCUGAACGAACAUCCGGAUGACCCUUCUACCCUCGUGGCUGGAAAAGUGAAAGGAAAGCUUAAGGUUACGAGGGCUUUUGGAGUUGGUUACUUGAAAAAGAAAGACAUGAAUGAUGCUUUGAUGGGUAUUCUAAGUGUCCGUAAUCUCAUAAGUCCUCCUUAUGUAUCUAUGGAACCAUCUCUUAUUGCACAUGAAGUAUCGGACUCUGAUCACUUUGUUGUGCUCGGGAGCGAUGGCUUGUUUGACUUUUUCACCAAUGAUGAAGUCGUGAACCUCGUGCAUUUGUACAUGCUAAGGAACCCUUCUGGCGAUCCAGCGAAGUUCCUAGUCGAGCAGCUCGCUGCAAGAGCAGCAGACUCAGCAGGUUUUAGCAUGGAAGAGCUGAUGAGCAUCCCUGCUGGCAGAAGGCGGAAAUAUCACGACGACGUCACAGUCAUGGUGAUCGUCUUGGGGACGAACAAACGGACGUCGAAGGCGUCAACGCUGUGUCUGUGAAACAGACCGACCAGGUCAAACUUUUUUGCAGCUUCUUAGCUUUAGAUUCCCUCCUUAGAUAAAAGGUUUGAAAUAAACUCGGUUUGUACAUAUAUCUUCUUUAAAACGUGUUGUUGAUUGCAAAAAUCGUGUAUUUGCACAUUAAUUUUUUGUAUGUGGAAGGAAUAUAUCUUGUUAUGA